AUGUCAAAGGAAGCUCCAGGCUCCCCUACCCUUCCGGGGGGAUCUGAGUCUGUCGAGGAAAAACAACUCACAAUCAAUCAUUCUACUACUACUAAAGAGCAUGAUGAUCUUGAAAAGCUUGACUCAAAUAUUCUACCAGUUGAAGCAAUCCAAGAUGAAGAUGUAUUCAAACAUCUUGCCCCCGGAGAAGCAGCCAUUCUCAAAGAACAAGUGACGAUACCGGUUGUCAAAGUUGGAAUCAAGACACUUUAUCGUUAUGCGACCACCAAAGAUCUAAUCCUGAUCGCAAUCUGUACUAUUUGCGCCAUCGCCGCAGGAGCUGCUCAACCUUUGAUGACAGUUGUAUUCGGAAACUUGACCGGUCAGAUCUCCUCAUUUACAUCAAACCAGGCCGAAUUAGAGGCUUUCCGUCACAAGAUCUCUCACAAUGUGCUUUACUUCGUUUACUUGGCCAUCGGUGAAUUCGUUACUGUUUACAUCUCCACAGUCGGUUUCAUCUACACGGGAGAGAAAAUUAGCGGACGCAUCAGAGAGGAAUAUCUGGCUGCGUGUCUUCGCCAAAAUAUCGGAUUUUACGACAAGCUUGGUGCUGGUGAAAUUACCACUCGAAUCACAGCAGACACGAAUUUGAUUCAGGAAGGUAUCUCUGAGAAGGUCUCUCGGACAAUGGCUGCGACAGCCACCUUCUUUGCUGCAUUUAUUAUCGCUUUCGUCAAGUACUGGAAAUUGGCUUUGAUUCUCUGCUCUGUCAUCGUUGCCAUCGUGGUAGUGCUGGGAGCAUGUGGAAGCUUUAUGGUGAAGUACAACAAGCAGUCCUUAGCAUCAUAUGCCCUGGGAGGUACAGUAGCCGAGGAAGUCCUUUCAUCCAUUCGAAACGCCGUCGCUUUCGGUACACAAGACAAGCUCGCUCUUCAGUACGAUACGCACUUAGCCGAAGCCGAGAAAUGGGGUUUCAGACACAAGGCUGUCCUUGGAGGUAUGAUGGGAUUUGCUAUGUGGGUUGUCUACCUCAGCUACGGUCUAGCAUUCUGGCAAGGAUCCCAUUUCCUGAUCGAUGGCGAACUUGGCAUUGGCCCGAUUCUCACCAUCAUUCUCUCCAUGUUGAUUGCCUCAUUCAGUCUCUCAAACGUGGCUCCUAAUGUGCAAGCUUUCACCACUGGACUGGCUGCGGCGGUGAAAGUCUACGAUACUAUCGACCGUGUAUCACCUAUUAACCCUGAAUUGGAGACCGGCGACCGCCUGGACCAUAUUGAAGGUCGAAUCGAACUCCGUGGCAUCAAGCACAUCUACCCAUCCCGCCCUGAGGUCUGUGUGAUGCGCAAUGUCGAUAUGUUGAUCCCAGCAGGUAAGAAGACUGCGCUGGUCGGUGCAUCUGGAUCUGGAAAAUCUACAAUCGUCGGUCUCAUCGAGCGUUUCUAUAACCCCGUCGCCGGUGAAAUCUUGCUUGAUGGCCAUGAUAUUUCGACUUUGAAUUUGAAAUGGCUACGCCAACAGAUCUCCUUAGUCGGUCAGGAGCCCACCUUGUUCGGAACGACAAUCUACCAAAACAUUGCCCAUGGUCUCAUUGGAACAUCUUACCAAGAUGAGAGUCCGGAUCUUCAAAAGCAACGAAUUAUCGACGCAGCUAAGAUGGCAAAUGCUCACGACUUCAUCAGCACAUUACCGGAGGGAUAUGAAACAAAUGUCGGUGUUAAGGGAUUUUUACUUUCUGGCGGUCAGAAACAGCGCAUUGCCAUUGCUCGUGCCAUGGUCAGCGAUCCUAAAAUUCUUCUGCUUGAUGAAGCCACAUCAGCACUCGACACCAAGUCUGAAGGCGUUGUCCAAGCAGCACUGGAAGUCGCUGCAGAGGGACGAACCACAAUUAUCAUCGCACACAGAUUGUCCACUAUCCGAGACGCGGAUAACAUCUUCGUCAUGUCUGAAGGUCGCGUGAUCGAGGAGGGCAACCACGAUGAAUUGUUAGCCAAAAAGGGUGCUUACCAUAGCCUUGUUGAAGCCCAGAAAAUCGGUGACUCGAAUGACUCUCCUUCCGACGGAGAGACUCCUGUCGAUGACUCAACCCACUCAAACGCAGCCGACAACUACGAUGAAGAUCCAGCUGAUAAAAUCGCCGCUGAAAAGCUCCGAAUGGGUCGCACCAAUACUCAACAGUCACAAUCCAGCCGGGUUCUUCGCAGUCGUCAGCCAGAGGCCUCUCAAAAAUACUCCAUGUGGACUCUGUUCAAGUUCAUUAUCGCUUUCAACAAACAGGAAUGGCACAUCUUACUCUUUGGACUUUUCUGGGCCGCUAUUUGCGGUUGCGGUAACCCGACAUCAGCCGUUCUUCUUGCAAAGGAGAUUAUCUCACUAGCAGCCUUCGGCACAACAGCCUCUGCAAGCGAAGUUCAAUCAAACAGUAACUUCUGGAGCUGGAUGUACUUCAUGCUUGCAUUUGUGCAAUUCAUCGCUUUCGUCUCUCAGGGUGUGGCCUUCGCUUGGUGCUCUGAGAAGCUGGUUCAUCGCGUCAGAGAUCUCGCGUUCAGGACUAUGCUUCGCCAGGAUAUUGCCUUUUUCGACAAGGAUGAGAAUUCCGCUGGUGCUCUUACCUCUUUCUUGAGUACAGGCACUACCAGUGUUGCUGGACUCAGUGGUGCUACCAUGGGUUCAAUUCUCACUUGUGUGACUACUCUCAUUGCCGCCAUCUCUCUCUCUUGCGCUAUCGGCUGGAAACUUGGUCUAGUAACUACCUCUACUAUCCCGGUUCUAGUCGGAUGUGGUUACCUCAGAUUCCACAUCCUGGCUCAAUUCCAAGCUCGCGCUAAGAAGGCGUAUGAGUCCUCAGCUGCUUAUGCUUGUGAGGCCACUUCUGCCAUCCGCACCGUUGCCUCAUUGACAAGAGAAGAAGAUGUUCUCUUGCAAUACCAGGCCUCAUUAGCCGAACAGGCUAAAAAGAGUCUUCGCUCUGUUCUCGGUACAUCAACGCUAUACGCCGCGUCUGAAUCCUUGACUUUCCUUUGCAUGGCGCUGGGUUUCUGGUACGGUGCUACCCUCAUCACAAGCGGUGAAUACACCAUCCAACAAUUCUUCAUCUGUUUCCCUGCCAUUAUCUUCGGUGCUCAAUCCGCAGGAAGUAUUUUCGCCUUCGCCCCAGAUAUGGGUAAAGCUCAAGAGUCUGCUCGUGACUUGAAAAUCCUUUUCGACCACAAGCCCUCAAUCGAUACUUGGUCCUCUGAGGGAAAGAUGGUCGAUGAGAUCGAGGGACACAUUGAAUUCCGCGAUGUGCACUUCCGAUACCCAUCCCGACCCGAACAACCUGUUCUUCGAGGCCUUAAUCUUACCAUCAAACCUGGCCAAUAUGUCGCCUUGGUCGGUGCUUCAGGUUGCGGUAAAUCCACCACAAUCGCUCUCCUGGAACGUUUCUACGAUCCACUUGUUGGUGGCAUUUUCGUUGAUGACAAGGAUAUUUCAUCCUUGAAUCUAGCUUCCUACCGCUCUUACAUUGCACUGGUAUCCCAGGAACCUACUUUAUACCAAGGUACAAUCCAAGAAAACAUUCUCUUGGGUACAAGUCGCCCAGUCUCUGACGAGGAAGUCGAGAUUGCGUGCCGUGAAGCAAACAUUUACGACUUCAUCAUGUCACUACCAGAAGGUUUCUCCACCGUGGUUGGUAACAAGGGUGCUAUGUUAUCAGGAGGUCAAAAGCAACGAGUCGCCAUUGCCCGUGCUCUUAUUCGGAAGCCCAGAGUUCUUCUCCUUGACGAGGCUACGAGUGCUCUGGACUCAGAGUCUGAGCGGGUCGUGCAAGCUGCGUUGGAUAAGGCUGCUAAGGGUCGCACAACUAUUGCUGUUGCGCACCGUUUGUCGACUAUCCAACAUGCUGAUAUCAUCUAUGUUUUUGACCAAGGUCAGAUCGUUGAGGCGGGAACUCAUGGAGAGCUGAUGAAGCUACGCGGAAGAUAUUCUGAAUUGGUCAGUUUGCAGAGUCUAGAGGAGGCUGUAUAG